AUGUCCGACGUUGAAGACGAGGAAUAUAUCGAGGAGGAGGAGGAGGAAGAAGAGCCUCAAGAGGAGAGCGAAGCUCCAGAGGAAGAGGAGCAAGAAGAAUCUAAGGCUGAAGAUGAUGCUCCAGCUCCAGCCGCUGAGCCCGAACGCAAGACUGUACCACCACCAGCUCUUAAGAGUCCAACUCCAGGACGACAACCUGUCAUCACCAUCCCUCAAUCCGUUCUCAGAAAGCAAGCUCAAUUUUCUGCUGGAAAGCCAUCUAAGCAUGAUAAGAACAAGCUUAUGAGAUCGGAAGGAAUCAUCCCCAUCCAAGCUGGAUCCAACAAGUAUGCUUCCCAAAGAGGAAUGACCGGAUUCGGUGUCCCUCGUGAUGUUAUCGAUAAGAUCAAGUCUGAGAACCUCCAGGAAAUCACUGAUGAGAAGAAGAUCGAGUCUCUCAAGGCUUCCACCUGGCUCCAAUCCGGAACUAACAAAUUUGCUUCCCAAAAGGGACAAACUGGAUUCGGUAGCGUUCGUGACGUCAACUACAAGACCAAGGGAACUGGAGGAGCUUCUGAAGUUCCAGAAGAGAAGGCUCGUGCCACUGAUGGAAUCGUCCCCCUUCAAUCUGGUACCAACAAAUUGGCUUCUCAAGCCGGUAUGACUGGUAUUGGUAUGCCACGUAUUGUCGAUGUCCGUAAGGUCAACGAUCAAGACCGUGACUCCCAAGGAUUUGUCCAUCUUCAAAUGGGAACCAACAGAUUCGCCAAUCAAGCUGGUAUGACUGGAUUCGGUAUGCCAAGAAGAGAAAUCACUAAGUACACCGAUGAAGUUAGAGGAGAAAUGCCCCAUGAUGAAGGAUCAACCUCCAGACAAACCACCGGAUGGAGAGAGGGAGCCAACCAAACCGGUAUGACCGGAUUUGGAGCUUUCCGUAACAACACCGUCGCUGUUCUCCAAGCUCAAGACCAACGCUCUCAGGGUAUGAUCCCAUACCAAAUGGGAGUUAACUUCUUGGAAUCCCAAGCCGGAAAGACUGGAUUCGGUCAACCUCGACAGGUCUACACCGCCUUUGUCGAUGAUACCCAUGAAGAUCUUCCCGCUGACAUGGCUCGCCGACCAGAAGUACCCUUCUGGACUGGUCAAAAGGAGUCUGAGCAUGCUAACCAGACCGGUAUGUCUGCCUUCGGUACUCCUCGUGAUGUACGUGGAGAAUAUGUCCGACGUCUUUGGUAA